GCCUCUUUGUCAUCUCUUCACUUCAAUAAGUACUCAUCCAGCACCGUGAUUGAAGAGGCGGCGAUCGCGACAUAAGAUCACAUUAAACUUCAAACUUCCUUUCCUUUACACUUCACCUCACAGUCUUUACCAUCAUGUCUUCAGAGUCAGUAUCUUCAGCAUCUUUAAACAUGGACUUGAUGAUGAUCCUGAUACCAUUUUCAAUUAUAGUUUAUGACUACGCCUUGACUUUCACUAUGGAAGUCGAACGAUUUUGGUUACGACCUAGCCGUACAUGGCCCACCCAAUUAUUUUUCGUCAACCGCUACUUGCUGAUUGGUGGACGCAUUCCUAUGAUGGUCCAGGCAACUCUCCCAACUAUUUCACCCCAUAGUUCAGUAUGUCGUGGCUUUCAACUUUGCAGCCAGGCGACCUUGAUACUGAGUCAAUUAAUCACCGGAGCCUUGAUGAUAAUGCGAGUAUACGCACUGUAUGACCAAAGCCGCCGACUACUCUACGCACUUCUAGUAAUUGCAGUAGCGAUUGUCGCAGAAGCCUGCUGGGCUAUUUUUUCCCCAGUGACUAAUGCCAAUCUCCCUAUUACAUCUAUAGGUUGUGGGGAUCCUCUUUCGUCAGCGGAAGCUUUGCGUACGUAGUAGGGAAGGCUUUCACGACAUGUAGCGAUAUCUCUCAUCCCGAUUCCAUUUCUUCUUAGGUCAAGCGGCGGCUUGGUGCGGUCAACUCGCGUUCGACGUCAUAGUCUUUGUUCUCACUCUCUGGAAGACUUGGCGUGUUGGCUCAGUUGGUGGACGCCCCUUAAUUAACAUUUUACUACGCGAUGGAGUCCUGUAUUUUGCAGUCAUGUCUAUCGCUAACGUUAUAAACGUGUCGACAUUUCUGCUUGCUUCUCCUGAGCGCAGAGGUUCUGCAACAGGAUUCGCAAAUGCGCAAGUCUAAUACUUGUAUAUCCUCCAAUGCUUGGUGCUAAGCUUGAUUUUCUUAGGAUAUCAGCCAUUUUGAUCUCUCGAAUGAUGCUCAACCUUCAUGGUCCUCGUUUAACUUCUAACAUAAGCUCGAGGUCGAAAACAAGCAGCUUACAAGUGGACACCUCACUGUUUCCCAUGGAACCUCUCCCAUCGAUAGUUGUGUCGUCUCCACCGUUUACUGAGAUGGCUGUGCAUGGCAUUAUUGGAGACUUUGGGACUCAUGACGACAUUGCAGAAGUUCCUUGACAUCGUUUGCAUUGAAACUUGUGGCCGUUUGGCAUAUUGCUUUCAAAUUGUAUACUCGAGUGAUGAUACCAGUAACAUGUAUAUUUAGAUUUCGGGAUAUUGAUAACUCAAAGCUUCUAGAUUUAGAUCUGUGCUGAAUGGACGAUUCCUAGAAGAA